CGCCGCCUUUCUCCGCUGGCCCCGGCGCCGCUCCCAGCUCCUCCGGCCCGGCCAUGGCGUUCACGUUCGCGGCCUUCUGCUACAUGCUGGCGCUGCUGCUCACCGCCGCGCUCAUCUUCUUCGCCAUCUGGCACAUUAUAGCAUUUGAUGAGCUGAAGACCGAUUACAAGAAUCCUAUAGACCAGUGUAAUACCCUGAAUCCUACAGUUGAAAAGGUCAAAAAGAUUAAAAGAGUCAAAAUUGCACUAAAGCUUGUACUGCCAGAGUACCUCAUCCAUGCUUUCUUCUGUGUCAUGUUUCUUUGUGCAGCAGAAUGGCUUACACUGGGUCUCAAUAUGCCCCUCCUGGCAUACCAUAUUUGGAGGUACAUGAGUAGACCGGUGAUGAGUGGACCAGGACUCUAUGACCCCACAACCAUCAUGAAUGCAGAUAUUCUAGCAUAUUGUCAGAAAGAAGGAUGGUGCAAAUUAGCUUUUUAUCUUCUAUCAUUUUUUUACUACUUAUAUGGCAUGAUCUAUGUGUUGGUGAGCUCUUAGAACAACACACGGAAGAAUUGGUCCAGUUAAGUGCAUGCAAAAAGCCACCAUAUGAAGGGAUUCCUUCCAGCAAGAUCCUGUUUCCAAGAGUAGCCUAUGGAAGCUGAUAAGUUACUUUAAAAAUGACUCCUUAUUUUUAAAAUGCUUCCACAUUUUUGGAUUGUGGAAAGACUGUUUUCAUAUGUUACACCCGGAUACAGAAUUAAAUGGAAUUAAGCAUAAAUUAAUAUGAAAUGAUUACCUCUGGUGUCGACAGGUUUGAACUUGCACUCUUUAAGGAACAGCUAUAAUUCUCUGACUGAUUGCGUCAGUUACUGACUGUUCUUAGUCCAUUGAAACUUUUCUUUAUUACAGGAACUUGUAGGGCUUAUUUUGGUUUUAUUGAAAUGAAUUUGAUUAUAAAUUAGCUGUAGAUAUCAGGUGCUUCUGAUGAAGUGAAAAUGUAUAUCGGACUUGUGGGAAACUUGACAUGUUUCCUCAUCUAUCAUGUAGAUGAUUAUGGAUACAUUUACAAAAAUAAGAGUGGGAUAUUUUUCCCUUCGAUUUGAGUAUUAUCCCUGUCUAUUGCAUGAAUGAGAGAUUUUCUCAUAGUUCCAUCAGAGUAAUAUACUUGCUUUAAUUCUUAAGCAUAAGUGAACAUGAUAUUAAAAAUAUAUGCUGAAUUAUUUUUGAAGAAUGCAUUUAAAGCUAUUUAAAUGUUUUUAUUUGUAAAACAUUAGUAAGAAAUUGGUUAUGCUUACUGUACUAAUCGGGUGGUAAAGGUAUUCUUAAGAAUUUGCAAGUAUGUUAGCUGUUCAGAAUGGAAUGAGAGACAAAGCUUUGUAACCACCCCGCUGUUCCUUUAGUGCAAUACAAUAAAAUUCUGAAAUUAAGACUUUCAGCGCAUUGUUUUAAAGAUUAUAAGUAGCAACUACUUAAAUUUACUUAAAUCUGUAAUAAAGACAUGUUAUUGUCGUUAGAAAAAACAAAACUGUGGAGUAUUAUAUUGUAGUUUUUCUUGAAAACACCAUGCCCAACCUAAAAACGGUUUCAGAUGGCCCAAGUUUCUUCCUUUCGCCUACUGUCUGGUGAGGUUCAUCAGUGAUGAAAGCAUAGAUGUCAUCUUUCUCUUAACCAGCUGAAAAGCAUUAAGGCAUUGAAAAUGUGUCACGAAUUUUUUGUCUGAAACGGCUGUUUUUAAGGAAAAGGAAUUAGUAAAUUGGAAUUUUUCUACUGCUUGUAAGGCAGAUAAGUUGUAUUUUACAGGUUAUGGUAAGCAUGUUCGUGCUUUCUUUGGGAUGAAGAAGUUAAGGUGACUGAAGACAGUGUGUGUGCUUCCAAAGUUUCUUCAACAGAGUAUCAGAGAAGGGAAAUCGAUGUACAGGAACUCCCCAUGAUGAUCCUCGGAGCUGAUGGGUGUGCUUGGGGACCUCUUCCUGUGUUUAAUUCUGUUCUGGCAAAGAAAGUGCUGUAGGAAUUACACAUCUCCACCCUGGGGAGAGUAGCUGUUUUCAAUAGGGAUCAAGUAAUUGGGAUGAUACGUUGAAGAGGAGGAUGUAGAACUAGAAGAGUCGUGGCAUUUCACCACAGGGAGAGCUCUGAAGUCCCUGUGUCUCACCGUCUGGAGAGCCGCCUGGGCAGUUUGGCCAGCCACUCGUUGUUCCUGCUGUCAGUUACACAUUGAGCACUGCUAUGCACUAAGGAUUUCUGCUUUGAGUCAUUUUGGUUUCUAGUCUGCCCCCUCUCCUCCCUGCUCCUGGGUCAUAUGGGUACCCACUUCCUCAUUUUUCUUUCCUGUUCACAAAGUACUUGGGAACAGCAGUCCUGGCCACGUCUUCUAUAUUACACAUAGGUUCCUCGGGCUCUUACUGUAGUGUCCCUCUCCCAAGUAAUAUUCCUCAUUUUCUUAGGAAAUUCCAGUUUGCUUUUAUAAAUUUUAGCAGGCAUCAUUGUAAUAGCCUAUUCCAGAAUAUUCCCCAUGAUUCAUGCAAGUCUUACUGGUUGGAAGGCAGAUUUUCAUGCUUCCAAAAUUCAAUGUGGUCCUCAGCCAAUUCCUCAAAGGUGGCAGUGGAAUGUUGUUAGUUCCUAGGCAUGUGAUUAGAAGUGAUUGAUUUUAUCUUAUCUCUCCCAGUGUGUUAUGAAAUUAUGUUACUAAAACAGAAAGGAGACACUAUCUUCCAGCAAUACCUGUUAGCUCUUCUCCUUUUUGAAUUUGUUACACCCAUCAGUCUUGUUCCAGGAGGUCCAACCUCUCUGCCACACCUGCAGGAGAUUCAACUGAGUCAUGGUCUGCAUCUGUAAUUCUCAGCUUCUCUGAGAGGUUCCAUGUGCAGCAACAGUUGUUUAUUGAGGUACUGUUGUCUUUUUCUCCUGAUCACUUGUGGAUAUUAUGUGCUUCUCUUGAUAAGAGCUUCUGAAACAACUGUCUUCAUUUUUGCCCAUUUUUUUGUAUCUAGUAUAACAUUGGUUAUAUCUAUACCAAGAUAGAUAGCAACAAGAUAGAUAGUAAAUGUCAUUUAGCACUUCUCACUUCUUUUGAGUAUAAUAUUGUAUCAUGGUGAUAUGCCCAUUUACCAUUAAGGAGUUUGUGUUGGUUUUUUGUCCUGAAGCAAGUAUCCGAGAAGCUUUGUACAGAGAAAGAAAGUUGCUUAGGCUCACAGAUUUGAUGGUUCACAGUUCAAGAUAGGGUGCCCUGUUGGUCCAGGGUCUGAUGAGGUUGGUGGCUGGAGGAAGCAUCAUGUGUGAGCUGGAAAGCAGCCAAGAGCCUGCUUGUCCUCCUUAGGGGCCUCUAGGGGCUCCACUGUAGUAUUUUAGUGAAAUCUUUUCUCCUUUCAAGGGCCACCUUCCUAUAGGCCAACUGCAUUCAAUCUCCUUUAAUCUAUUAGCCCGUUAUCAGCAUAAAGCUUUGGAACCAAGCCUCCAACGACACAUGGGCCUUGGACACUCCUGUUGUGUACCCAGAGCUGUGGAGUAGGAAAAGUAUCUAAUGCUGUUUGGUGCUUUUCAUAGUGCUGAACUGGCUUUCCCCCCUUGCCAUUCCUAGUUAGGGGAGAGUUUGAUCCCAGGCUUGUAGACAAAUUGCUAGUUUGUUUGAAGUUUGUAUUAUUUGUCAUAGGAAGGGGAAGUGAGAGGAACUGACCACAGUCGUCUUCUGAUGUUUUGAACGUUUGUGAAUCAUCUGUGAAUGUGUAUGGCCAGACCGAUUAUGUUCAGAGUCGUGGAUGGCGAUCUUUCACAUCAGCAGGGUUUGUGGCCGUGUACAUCACGUGUCUCUUAAAGCCUGCCUGCUAUUGGCCAGCUACAGCAGCACUCAUGCAAACAUCUCUCCUAAAGUUCUCCUGUGUCUCCAAAUUAGCAUCAUGUCAAAAUAUGUCAGAUACUUGCAUGGAAAAAAGAUAGAGCUCUAUCUGUCUGUUGAUCAAAUUACAUGUUUAGGAAUAGCAAUCAUGGGGUAUCAUUGCCAUGGUGCAUGGAAUAGCUUCUGAUGUCUUGUACCUUACAUGGCAGAGCUUUCUUUUGAAUUGUGGUUAAUGAUGUAUAUUUAAGAAUCAUGUUAAUCUGGACUGGCUUAUUUGUAUCAUUUUGCAUCCACAAAUGUGAAUCUUUCAAUAAUCAGUUGGCAGUAGAAUUGUAAAUCAGAAGUUUUGAUGGCAAAAAUAUUUUAAAACAUUUUUAGAGGGCAGUGAAAAAGUACUGAUGCCUUUUUGUCUAGCAUUGUUCAUGAAAGUACCUGUGUUUGUCCUUGCUGAAAACAAUGUCAGUCUCAAAUAAAUAAUUUUCAUUUCCUUUGUUGAAACCAGUCAUGAUUUGGAGCCAGACCAGCAGCUAGUCAGUUUCUGAUCCUGAUACUAGAGCUUAGAAGAUGGUUCUGAACAAGUCCUCCAAAGAGAAGCCAUAAGGACAAAUGAGGUUCUAUUUCUGUAUUUAUUGACUAUCUUCCUUAACAGCAAUUUCACGUUGACUAAACUCAUUCAGAGCUGUAAGGCUAAAUGUCUAAUAGCAGUAAAUAACUACUGCGUGUGAUGCUAGUUUCCAGGAAGUAGCUUUAACCAUGGAAGACGCGGGGUUGAAGAUUUUUGUCCUGCAUUGAUGCAUGUUUGUAGAUGUGGAGAACCUCUUGACAUGCUUCAGAAUGAAUUGCAUCUCUCAUAUGCUAAUUUCAGUGUACAUUGCUUUUUCUAAGUAUUUAGAUUUCUUUGGUUACCAUGUUUACAAUUUUUUGGAGAAGAAAUAUCUUAGCUCAGUGACUAGGGUAGACCUUUAAGAGAAAUGUAAAAUGUAGUUGGCUGCUUUUGUGCUCAUUGCUUGUUAAAAUCUUAAGUUAACCUUAUGGUGCUGUUCCACUGUCCAAAGAAAUGCUGUUGAGUAGCCCUAUCUUAGUCCUUAGAGCUUGCUUAUUUUGCUUUUGUAUAUUUAAUAAAAAUUGUCACAAA